AUCCCAUUUUUCUUAUUCACAUGCUUCUGAAGAUCCUGUAAAUCAAAAAAGCCCUCGGUUUCUUUGCUAGAUCAGACAGAUGGAAGCACACGAGAUUUUUUUCCCCAGAAUUUAAAUACUCAGAAAUAGGCAAAAGCAACCGGAUGGUUGGCUCGCUAUAAUUGUCUCGACGGGUACAUGAUUCUUUGCAAAGUAACGAUCCCUCAAAAAAGAAAAAAAGUAACGACCCCAUGACCAGACACAGUGCCCAGAGAAUAUGUUCUCCGGCCCAUCUCUUCCACUCAUAAACCAGCCAUUCCCGAACUAUAAUUCAAUCCAAAACGCUUAAUUUUCUCGCCAAGGUCCAGGCAGGGCAGCCAUGGCCAGUAGCCCUACCACUACUACGGCAUGCACCCGCGGUUUGCUGAAAGAUCUCGGCGCUGAACUGCACGCAUGCGCGUCGCGCUUGCGCAACCAACUCUUCUUCCCCGCCUCCACCGCUUCCUCGGUCUUGCUGCCUGCCCUCGCCUUGCUUGUCUACGGCACCGCUCUCUCGAGGGUCAUCGUCUUCUUCCUGCCGCUGGUGGUCUCCACCACCAUCUGCUGCGCGGCGAUGUACCUGCUGGUCGCCUCGGAGUCGUCGGAGGGAGGGGCGGCGAAAGAGGUCGUGCUCCUGUGGGGCGACAGGGUGGAGGUCGGGCUCCUGGAGGUGUACGGCGGCGCCAACGGGAGCGCGUACGGCGACAGGCGCGACGUCCAGGUGGGCUGUUUUCUGCACCGCAGGCCCCCCAGCGGCGGUGGCGGAGGCGGCGGGUGGAAGAAACUCGGCGUCAACGAGAACGGCGAGGAGGUGGUGUUUGCCGGCAGGGUGGCGGUCGGCAGCAGCGUGCAGGGCGGCGCGGCGCUCGAGGAGGAGCUGAUGGCUAUCCAGGUGGACAGGUUGGCCGAGGGCGUGUGGGAGCGCUACUUCGGUGGGAGCUCUGGGUGGAACUACGUGACCGCUGAGUCUGAGGAGAUCGACCGAAGCAUCGAGCAGCUAGCGUAAGUAAUUACUCUCUGCGUCAUGGCAUGUCAUGUCGCAUGGGUUAACUUGAUGUUACUCCGCCACUCUGCUGUGCAUGUUGCCAAAUGUGACGGCACUUUUUUUGCUGCAAGCUACUUAGUUUAUUUGGCUCCAUAAUCGACGUUGGUAUACGUGACUACGUACUGACUACUGAGUAUAGCCAUUUCGUUGCUACUUUUAUCGAAUCCUCUCGUCAAUCACCAACAACUCUGUGUGCCUGGCAACAAUUACUCAUGCGCGCAUGUGCUAGUAUGGGUUUGCAACUUUGCAUCAAGAAAUCCGCAUGCUCGCGCCUGUCAAAUUCCUGCCCACGGAUUAUGCGGAUCUGAACAUGAUCGAACCGCAAAAUAAUCUUGGGUGCCUGCGUAUCAGGUUCCACUGCAUGAGUAUCGGAUUCCUGAGCAUCUCAUGGUGAAAAGCGCUAUGCUUCACCAUCGUGCGUGAACCGCGAAGUAACUAGAACCGAUUUAACGGGUCUGGUAGGAACAUAAA